AUGGACGGGGUUGAGACAGUCGAUGUGAGCUGGCUCCAUCAUUCGCAUCGAGAUCAAACGCUGCGGAACAAAGUCGCCGCGCCUGCGACCGAGGAAAAGACAAAUGGAGAGACUGCGUCGGCCUCACGGCGCAAAUCCUCGGUGGAUAAGUCCAACGGAAAUACGAAACCCCAGCAGCAGCACCAGCACCAGCAGCAACAAGAACAACAAGAACAACAAACCAACAGUCAAGGAGACCAGUCGCGUGAAGCAAAUGGAACAACUGCGCCGGAGAAGCCGUCGGACCCAAAGUCGAAAAACCCUCCGAAUACCCCAGUCAAGGGAAGCGCGCCCAAGACUGUUCCCGGCAGACGCAAUUCAUGGAUUUCCUCCAUAAGCUCCAAGUUUUCUACGGGCAGCACUCCGCCAGCGCAAAGUACCAUAAGGGAAAAUGUCAGCACCCCUCCCAAACCGAGUCCUCCAGCUGCGAAACAGGAACUCAAUCCUUUCGGGGCUUCGUUUUCUCCCAAGGACAAGGACGAGCGAAACAGCGAUCCAAAUAACCCCUUCACUUCGACCUCUCCCAAGAACCCAUCAUUUAUCCAAAAUGCUAUCCGAAAGCUUUCUUCCGGCACGAGCGGAAUGGGCAAGACGCCACAGCAAACAACCCCAUGCCAGCGACGGGUGAUGAAUGUUGAUGCCAACAGAGACCGAUGCAAAGUCCCAGAGUUGAAUCAAGGAAAGCUAAAACGAGUUGCUUUUUGCGUCGAUGUGGAAAUAGCCGGCUUCUCGCCUCGCGAAGAGGAUGAAACGACACAACCCGAAACCAGUGGCCCGCCUCGCAGCAACGUUGCCAAGACAAAGGGAAAGGAAAAAGGUGAGGCGGCGGCAUUGAAAAACCCAGAGACUAUCGCCAAGGCCAAGGAGAAUGAAAAGGCUGAAGAUGCCAACGAUAGCAGCGAUAAGCUAUCGACGUCCCCAAGCCCUGACGGCGAAACCAAGGUCGACGGCCAAACGAAAGAGCCCACAAGGAAACAGGAGAAGAAGAAGCGAUCGGAAGAAGAGAGAAAGGAGCGCAAAGAACGCAGGAGAAAACAAGCAGAAGCCAACGGUUCCGUACCGUUGCAGCUCAAGGCAGACGAGGAUGAAGAAGAUAGCUCAAGGUCCUCAACACCCGGUUCUUCGCGCCCCCGAGCACAAAACCAUCCCACCACAGACCCCGUGCGCAUAUAUCGUCGUUGCUGUCAAUUGCGCGAAACCCCAGUUCUGAAGAGGCUUGUGGAGCGCAUGACUUCGCCGUCGUCGACCCUGGCCGAAGCUCCCGGUACUGUUGCGGUAUUAGACCUGACGGAUUUCCCCAUGACCCUGCCGGAUAUCGUCACUUUUAGCGAUUGGCUUGCAAUUGUUCCGGUGCGGAAAAUAAUUCUUGAAAACUGCUCGCUCACAGACGAAGCAGUUCGCUCAAUCUUGGCAGGACUCUUGUCUACCAAAACCAUGCAGCAAGCUCGGAAUAAUCGUCGAUCCGGGAGACAAUCGUCUGGUUCCGUGCAACGACUUUUCGGUAUCGUCGAGAAACUUUCCUUGAAAAACAAUCCAAAGAUCGGGCCAGAAGGCUGGCGUCACAUCUGUCUGUUUAUCCACCUUUCCAAAUCUCUCAAAGCGAUCGAUCUCUCUGGCGUUCCUUUCCCGAAGAAGCUGGCCAAGUCAAAUGAAUCUGUACGAGUGCAGAAACCUUCAAUUGAUAUUGGCACAACACUUUCGGCAUCUUUGACAACACGCUUUGGCGGUGAUCACCUUGAGGAAUUGCUUCUAAGCGAAUGCCAGCCUUCUACAGAAGACAUUGCAAAAUUGUGUGAUGCAGCAGUCUUUAUUGGACUGCGACGCCUUGGUUUGGCUAACAACAACUUGACUCGAGAAGGGUUGGAGCAUGUUGUGCGAUACUUCCACUCGGGUAAAUGCGAAGGACUCGAUCUCGGUGGAAACGACUUGAAAGACCAUCUGGACGUCCUUGUGCCCGCAAUCAAUGCAUCCAAUCAAGCCAUGGCGCUCAGCUUUGCAGAUUGCUCCCUAACGCCGGCCUCGAUAUUUCCUCUACUUCAAGCGUUCCCCUCAAUGCCGUGUUUCCGAUUUGUUGACUUUUCGCAUAAUCCGGAACUGUUUGCGAACCAGCCAGACUCGUUAUCAAUGCUUAGGCGAUUCCUUCCUAAGAUGUCACACAUGAAACGAAUUCAUCUGGCAGAUGUUGACCUGUCGCCGGAUCAUGCGAUUGCGCUUGCGGAAAUUCUUCCGGAAUGCCCUAGCCUGUGUCACCUCAACAUCUUGGAGAAUCCAAAGAUUGUCAGUCUUGCUUCUUCUAGCGACCCCGCUAGUCAGGAAGAAGCCUGUGCAGUGUAUGCUUCUCUCAUGGCUGCUGUUCGUGUCUCGCAGACCUUGAUUGCUGUAGACAUUGAAAUUCCUGGUGCUGAGAGCAGUGAAGUUGUCAAGGCCUUGGCCUCACAGAUUGUCGCUUAUUCGUUGAGAAACCUGGGCGCUAUCGAGGAGAUUGACGGAGCAGAUCAGGCCCCACGACCAGGAGUUCAAAUUCCCGAAGUUCUUCAGCACAUCGUGGGUCAUGAUAUCGGCGAUGCCAUCAGUCUUGCUGGAGAUGAGCCUGUUGCUCCAGACGAAGAUUAUGUGAUUGGAGGAACUGGGGUUGUCAAAGCUCUUGGUGUAUGUCUUGGAAACGUUGACCGCCACCAUUCUGAAACUGGAAGCGGGUCGCGGCCUGGCAGUGGUUAUUCAACUCCUGUCAGCCGUGUUUCUACGUCGGUCAGCAGUGCUACUAAGAGACCGCGGGAUAUGUCCAAGAACUUGCUUGGGUCUGCGCGCAAUAUCAAAGCCCGGAUCCAGCUGGCUCUUGUUCGGGAGGAUCAAGCAGGUAACGAUAACAACUACAGACGAUUACAAUUCCUUGAUCACACUCUGCAAAAGAUGAUCAAGCGGUUUGAAGAAGAAUAUCCCGAAUGUCGCAUCCCAGCCGCUGCAGAGGAUGAAACAUCCUCUUUGGAGUCUACUGAAGAUGGCCAAGAAGCAACUACAGUACCCGCCAGCUUACCUACAGAUAUACCCGAAGGCGCCGGUGUGGAGGACGAGGAAGCAGAUCCGUUUGCCAUCCGGCUCUCGCGCAGGGGCUCCAACACUUCUCUACAUUCACGAGCACUCACCUCGGAAGAAGGACGUCUCCACCGCAUUGGGCAGAACCUGAGGAGAGACUUUCUCGAACCGUCUCUCAGCUCGUCAGAUCAAGGUCUGCCCCUUUCUGACGACGAAUCGCACGUCCACGCGCUCAGAGAGAAACUCAAGGGACUCAAGGGAGACGAAAUCCGGUCUCGUGUGGAGAGCGUGGGAGCCGACAAGGCCCUCCAGGAACUGGGAUCCACGGUUGAAGAACUGUGGAUUAUCCAGCAGCAAGACCAAGACGCAUUCCAGCGAUUUAAACAGAGCCAGAUUGCGGCCCAGAUCAAUGCCGGCCUGCGACCGCCUUCAUCUCAAGGCGAAAAGAAGCCUCCGUCGGCUUAA